AUCUCGGACCAUCUGUGUCUCUUUCUUUCCCUCGUGGAAUAGGCCCCACAGCUCCUCCUCCCACUUUUCCCCAAUUGUUCAAAACUCAACUCCUCCCUUCCCUAUUUCACUCCGUUUUAGUUUCCCCACUCUCUCUCCAAAUCUAAUCUCCCUCUCCCUCCCUCUCUCUCUCUCUCUCUCUCUCUCUCUCCACACACACGCUCCUGUAUCUAUACAUUUUUAACGAACACAUCUAUCUUCAAUGCUGGAGUGAAUUUGAAGUAGAGCGAUACAAAUUGUAUAAUCAGAUGGCUUCCAGCAGUAAUAUUUAUAGAAACAAUAGUAACAAUCACAGAAACACGAUGAAGAUCGACCGUCCGCUCGCACCUUCGUCGAAUCUCAGAGCUUCUAGUUCGUUUAAAUCUAAGCUCACUCCCUCCUCGUCUACUUCCAAUGUUCGUCGCAGUAGCCCCGCUUUUCUCGGACGACCCGAUAAUUCCGUUUCUGGAAGAGUUCGAGUUGCUGUAAGACUACGACCUCGAAAUGCUGAAGAAUUGGUAGCUGAUGCUGAUUUUGCUGACUGUGUUGAACUGCAACCUGAGGUGAAAAGACUGAAACUUCGAAAAAACAACUGGGACUCAGACACCUAUGAGUUUGAUGAGGUGCUUACUGAAUUUGCCUCACAGAAGCGUGUUUAUGAAGUUGUUGCAAAACCUGUUGUGGAGAGUGUUUUGGAAGGUUAUAAUGGGACUGUGAUGGCCUACGGUCAAACUGGUACUGGAAAAACUUUUACUCUGGGAAGGUUGGGUGAUGAAGAUACUUCUGCUCGUGGAAUAAUGGUUCGUGCAAUGGAGGAUAUACUAGAAAAUAUCUCACCAGAGACCGACUCUAUAUCGGUUUCGUACUUACAGCUAUAUAUGGAGAGUAUCCACGACCUUUUAAAUCCAGUAAACGACAAUAUCACCAUAGUUGAAGACCCAAAAACGGGUGAUGUAUCUUUACCGGGGGCCACCCUCGUUGAAAUAAGUGGUCAACAGAGUUUCAUGGAGCUACUACGUAUAGGGGAAGCUCAUCGCAUUGCUGCCAACACUAAAUUAAACACCGAAUCUUCACGCAGUCAUGCUAUACUCAUGGUUCAUGUCAAGAAGUCUGUCUCCGGGAAAGAAGCCGAUUUUUCUGAUAAUGACAAUUCCUCCCACUUUGGCAGUAAUUUCAACCCUCCCAUGCUCCGAAAAGGCAAACUUGUUGUUGUAGAUCUUGCUGGUUCUGAGCGCAUACACAAGUCAGGAAGUGAGGGGCAUAUGUUGGAGGAAGCCAAGUCCAUUAAUCUCUCACUGAGUGCAUUAGGUAAGUGCAUAAAUGCUCUGGCAGAAAACAGUGCACAUGUGCCUGUUCGAGAUUCAAAGCUUACGAGGUUGCUAAGAGAUUCGUUUGGAGGUACAGCAAGAACUUCAUUAAUCGUAACCAUAGGUCCAUCUCCACGCCAUCGAGCUGAGACCUCAAGUACCAUAUCUUUUGGGCAAAGGGCCAUGAAGGUGGAGAACAUGUUAAAAAUCAAGGAGGAAUUUGAUUACAAAAGUUUGUCCAGAAGGCUUGAGAUUCAACUCGACAAACUAAUGGCUGAUAAUGAAAGGCAGCAGAAAGCUUUUGAUUAUGAAGUUGAUAGAAUAAAAUUAGAAGCACAAGACCGUAUCUCUGAGGUGGAAACAAAUUGCGCAGAAGCUUUGGAGAGGGAGAAGAGGAAAUGCCAGAUGGAUUACAUGGAAUCAAUUAAAAAGCUCGAGGAGAAAUGGAUGAGCAAUCACCAAAAAAAUGGGAACAAUGGCUUCGCUAAUGGUACUACUAGUAGAGAGGGGCAAGUAGGAUCAGAUCGUUCUGAAAUCACAGAGCUUAAAAAAUUGCUUCAAAAUGAAUCUUCUAUGAGAAAGGCAGCUGAGGAGGAGGUUACCAACCUCAAAAAUCAACUAUACCAAUUUACAAAGCCUGAGGCAGGUGGAACUUCAUGCAUAUUAGAGCUUCACAAAUUGCUUGAAGAAGAGACUCGUAAGAACAAAAGACUGGAGGAAGAAAAUGCAGUCCUGCGAAGUCAGUUGUCACAACAAACUCUUGAAGCUGGACAGGUUACACAUUCGCAACUUAGAGAUGAGUAUAGUGGGGAAGGUGCAUUGAUGACCAAUCUCCCUGGACAAGUUGGAUUGCAAAAGAUCUUAUCUUUGCUAGAAUCAGAAGACCCUAACAUUUGUAUGCAUGCUGUAAAAGUAGUGGCAAACCUAGCAGCUGAAGAAGCUAAUCAGGAAAAAAUUGUUGAAGCUGGUGGUCUUACUUCGUUACUAAUGCUUCUUAGAAACUUCGAUGACGAAACUAUUUGCAGAGUUGCAGCUGGUGCCAUAGCCAAUCUUGCAAUGAAUGAAGCGAAUCAAGAACUUAUAAUGGCUGAAGGUGGAAUCAGCCUUUUGGCAAUGACUGCAGGAGAUGCUGAGGAUCCUCAAACGUUGCGUAUGGUUGCUGGAGCUAUUGCUAAUUUAUGUGGCAAUGAUAGAUUACAGAUGAGGUUGAGGUCUGAAGGUGGCAUCAAGGCCUUGUUAGGAAUGGUCAGAUGCAGACAUCCAGACGUUCUUUCUCAAGUUGCACGUGGAAUUGCAAAUUUUGCAAAGUGCGAGUCCCGAGCAUCUGCACAAGGGUCAAGACGAGGACGUUCACUUUUAAUAGAAGAUGGAGCACUUCCAUGGAUUGUGCAAAAUGCCAACAAUGAAGCAUCAUUGAUUAGACGCCACAUUGAGUUGGCACUUUGCCACUUGGCACAGCAUGAAGUAAACGCAAAAGACAUGAUUAGUGGGGGUGCCUUGUGGGAAUUGGUCCGUAUCUCACGGGACUGUUCUCGUGAGGACAUUAGAUCUCUUGCUCGUUGCACUCUGACUUCAAGUCCAACUUUUUAUGCUGAAAUGCGGCGAUUACGAAUCGAGGUAUAAUCAUUUCUGUAGUUAGCUAUAUAGAAACUGAUUGUUUGUGUGAUCUCUUGCCUGGGCAUGCUCAUUGAGGAGAUUUAUGUAGAUGCAUCUUCUUCCAAUAAAUGAGGAUCAGGUUGGCUGAAUCACCUGCAAAAUUUUGAUUGAUGUUGUAUUUGGGUUGGGUUUGUAAUCACUGUAGUCUAAUAUAUAAUAGUAAUUACUAAGCAGGGUCUUAGUAUUUGUAGAAGAUCCACUAUGACAUGGUUUCUUCGUACUCAAGUAAAUUGAUUAAAUUUUAAUGAAAUGAUGGUCUGUAUUUUUCCUUGC